AUGCGCUCCUGCGGCGCUGCUGCUGCUGCUGUCCAUCAAACCAGAAGGGGCGUGUUUGAGAGCGGGGGCGUGUCUGAGAGCGAGGACGCGGUCUCUGAAAGCGGAGAUCCCCGCGUCCUCGCGCCACCUCAGCAUAUGAUCUCUGUGGUCUUUGUCGCUGGUAAUCCUCAGGGUAAUCUUGGCGGUCAAAAGAGCGGUAAUCCGGUCUUCUGCGUCGUUCGGCGGACACAUUUUGCCGGUGUUGACGGCGCUGCUUCCGGGAUCUCACCGGGACCCACCCCUCGUCGUAGUACUCCGCCAUUUCCGAGCGAAAGAUGGAUUUUUACCGCUGGAAAGUACCACGGUAGCACAAGUCGGCAAAAAAGAGUGGAAGGUGAUGGAGGUCUCGGGAGGCAGAGCGAGAGCCGGUCCUAUGGCUCCCCCUCAUACCUCGUUGAGGCCUACUGGAUACCUGGUGCCCAAGUUCGCGAUCCAGAUGUGCUCCGCCCUCCGACGUUGGGCGAGGCUCCAUCUGGGGUUCGCUUCGACGACAGUAGCCCGGACGGCAGACCACCCGUGUCGGACAAAAUGCCGGACCAGGUGAGUAUUGGUGUUUUUGCGUCUAACGAUGUUGUACUUAUGUUGGGCGAAUCUCCUAGCUAAGGUAUUGCCCGUCUCGCCCACGUACAUAUUGCCACAUCGUUGACAGCGAAUGACAUAAACACAGUUUUGUGUAUGUAGUCCGCCACGACACAGUGGUUGGAAAACCUUGCGGUUCUGGGGGUUCACAAACCACGGCGCGUGUCGGACAAGG